GUCCCCGGGUUCUAAUCAUCGAUUGCGUUUUCGGCUUGGCAUCAGUUGCGUGUGACGAACUUGAUGUUCGUGUUUCACCUCGUCCUCGCGCCUCGCGUGCCGCGGGAUGUUGUUCAUGUGGCUGUAUCACGAUUUCUGACGCGACUAUAGUGAGAUCAAAGGAAGUCGACCAAUGCUGUGCAUCGCCCCUUGAUACACAUCAGGAUUAGAUGGUCCUCUCGCAGUAUAUAGCGGGAAGGGUCAGAAACGUACUGGGUGAUAACAGCACUUUGCAUCUUACUCGGCAGGGAACCCUCAGUCUCACCCUUUCAUCCACCUCAAACAACCCACGUCCCGUCUCAAGAUAUGUCUUCUGUGUACCCUGCGUCAUCAUUAUGGUUAGAAGAGGUGAUGCCGACGCGUUCUACUGUAGCUACUGCAGCGAACGGGGAAGGGAGCAUGACUACAAUAUUCGGACUAAACACCGCCCCCACCGAGACUUCCAGCUUCUUCUCGAAAUCUGAUGACGGCCAGUCCAGCGCGACAUCUGGCAAUCAAGACGCAAAGGUCAUCGUUGUAGCCAAGACGAACGAGAAGAAAGGUGGCGGAGCUAGCGGCGGAGGUAGAGGUGGCGGUGGUGGUGGUGGUGGUAAAGGAGGCAAAGGCGGCGGCGGUACAAGUCUGUCCACAACACCGCUCGGCGGGAGAUGGCGUAACAACUUCUACUCGAAACAUCACAGUCUGCCUGUGGGUCUGGGGACUGAUGUACACGAAGAAGAUGGGGGUCCAGGCGGUGAGGAUCCUGACAUAUACGAGGCGCUCAAGAGCAUCAUUGCAGACGCCAAAGAGCAGCUGGGCACGGUGUCCGAUGAAGAAAACAAGUACCGAGACUUCAAGAACAUGCUCGACCGACUUUUGAAGGAGGCCGAGGACCCGAAGAAUUGGGCAGACGUGGCGAUGAAGUACAACGAGUACGUGGCCAAGUUGAAUGAUGAGAUCAACGCAGUCACGAGUGGCGUAGCUGCUAGCGAUACGACGACCGACUUGCCCUUCAGCAAGAUUGUUCUAGCUGCGGUAGGAACGGCUGCCAUGUAUGGAUUAUCUUGUUGAAAUUGUGCAUCUUCCAUUUCGGAUCGUCUUCUUUACUAUACCAGCUGCUAAUUGCUUGAAGUACAUCGAAAAAGAUAUCUUCCUCACAUCACUUGCAAUAUAUUACUCAUGUCGCAUUUGGUUCGCGCUUGUACAGCCCAGGCGUU